ACAGGCUUUCUUCCGAAUUACACAGCUUUGAGGCUGACACACCGAUAUUCGGGGCAUGUUCACACAGUCAGGUUUUUAGAUGCAGUUUUGAUUCCCAAAGGUAAGAAUGGAGUUAGAGUUUCUGUAUCUCCUUAUGAUUAGCUUCCAGCUCUAGCUUCAAAAACCGCAUCAGGGUGUGAACACUCCCUUAGGAUACAGGCCCUUCGGGUGAGGAGGGGGGGGGGCACAUAUUUUAGCAGGCACAGGCUCAUCAGUAUUCCACAGCCGUCUAUGUUCUCUCCCUGUCACUCCAGGCCCCGCCCACUGCCUGUCCAUCAACAAUCCAUGCCCAUUAUCCGAGCGCUUGGCAACUUCACUUCAAAGAGCCGCCUGUGGAGGGGCGGGAGCAUUGCAGUCACUACAGCCAAUCCGGAGACAGGUGGGAGGGGCUUAUCGGAAAAGGCGCGCUGCUAUUGGCCCGGAGGAGGGUGUGGCGUGGAAUCUUUAGCUUUUUUUUUUUCUCAUUAUUCCAGAGCGGCUGAAGGACGGGCGGCGUGACGUCACAGAGAUUAUCGCUGCUCGGCGGAAGGGCGGCCGGUACCGGAGCUCCGUGUAUCCGCCAGCAGGGAUGUGAGAGGGCUGACUAGGGGCCGCAGGUACAGCUCUCCCCCCGUACUGUCUGUCCGUCUCUCUCCCUCUUCUUCUGCUGCUGUUUUUUUUGUCUGUCCUCCGGUCCUAUGUGGGACUGUCCCGCUCUUCUUCCUGCGCUGGUCUGUGCUGUCCGCCGGGCGGUUGCCGGUUGUGGAUGUACGCAGCUUGUUGUGACAGGAGAAUGUGUGUGUGUCCCGGGCCCAGGCGGAUCGGUUUCCCAGGAAGAAGUUGCUCUCCAUCCUUACUACUUGAUGCCAUGUCUGUUCCUACACAGCUUCUCUUUCCUCUCAUAAGGAAUUGUGAACUGGGCAGGAUAUGCAGCUCGGUGUGUUACUGUCACCACAAGCCCCUGUGCUGUAGGUCCCGGUAUCCACCUUCAAAGCCCCCCCGAUGCGGAGUGGAUGGGACGUUUGCUUCUGCCUUCCGCCGACCCAGGGAUCCGUGUUACCAGCUGCGACAAUACGUGACUACUCCGCAGAGGUUCUACCUGACUCCUCCCCAAGUGAACAGUAUCUUGAAAGCCAAUGAAUACAGCUUCAAAGUCCCGGAAUUUGAUGGCAAGAACAUCAGUUCAAUCCUCGGUUUCGACAGUAACCAGCUGCCCGCGAACGCCCCGAUCGAAGAUCGGAGGAGCGCGGCUACCUGUUUGCAGACCCGGGGCAUGCUUUUAGGGGUGUUUGACGGCCAUGCGGGUUGUGCAUGCGCUCAAGCGGUUAGUGAAAGACUCUUCUAUUACAUUGCUGUCUCGUUGCUACCUCAGGAGACUCUACUUGAGAUUGAACAUGCGGUAGAAAAUGGCAGAGCUUUGUUACCCAUUUUGCAGUGGCACAAGCACCCAAACGAUUACUUCAGUAAAGAGGCAUCCAAGCUGUACUUCAACAGUUUACGGACCUACUGGCAGGAGCUGAUAGAUCUCAACACUGGAGAGACGAUCGAUGUCAGGGAGGCUUUGAUCAAUUCGUUCAAGAGGCUCGACAACGAUCUGUCCUUGGAAGCUCAGGUCGGAGAUCCUAAUUCUUUUCUGAACUACUGGGUCUUAAGAGUGGCUUUUUCAGGAGCCACCGCUUGUGUGGCUCAUGUGGAUGGUGUAGACUUGCACGUGGCCAACACUGGAGACAGUCGUGCCUUGCUUGGGGUUCAGGAAGAAGACGGGUCUUGGUCGGCAGUAACCAUGUCUUAUGAUCACAAUGCUCAGAACGAGUCUGAAAUCCAAAGGCUCAGAUCGGAACAUCCAAAGGAAGAGAAGACUGUGGUGAAGCAAGACCGACUGCUGGGGUUGCUGAUGCCCUUCAGAGCUUUCGGGGAUGUUAAAUUCAAGUGGAGCAUUGAUCUCCAGAAACGGGUUGUGGAGUCUGGACCCGAUCAGCUGAAUGACAAUGAAUACACUAAAUUCAUCCCUCCCAAUUACCACACCCCACCCUACCUAAGCUCUGAACCUGAGGUGAUCUACCAUAGGCUGAGGCCGAAAGAUAAGUUCCUCAUAUUGGCUACAGAUGGGCUCUGGGAAACUAUGCAUAGGCAAGAUGUGGUGAGGAUUGUUGGAGAGUAUCUGACUGGUGUUCACCAUCAGCAGCCUAUCGCAGUAGGAGGUUAUAAAGUUACAUUGGGACAGAUGCAGGGCCUUCUUAUGGAAAGAAGGGCCAGGAUUUCUUCCGUUUUUGAAGAUCAAAAUGCUGCCACCCACCUUAUAAGGCAUGCUGUCGGCAACAAUGAAUUUGGCACUGUUGACCACGAGCGACUCUCAAAGAUGCUUAGUCUUCCAGAAGAACUGGCCCGGAUGUACAGAGAUGACAUUACAAUCAUAGUGGUGCCCUUUAAUUCUCAUGUCAUUGGGGCCCAUCAGCAGCAGUAAAAACCCCAUCACUGAAACCAAUGUACCAAAGUUACUGAAGCUUGGUUGUUUGGAUACCUUUUUUGCACCUUUUUUUUUCUUUUCAUUGAGUGGCAUGAAACCUAAUACUUAGCGCUGUAACCUUUUUUUUUUGGACAAGAGAAAACUGCAUGGUAGAUAAUGGGUUAGUCUAGCUUGAUAUGCUUCAAUUCCCCAUGGGAAGACAUAUCCUGUAAUAUACUCUUUAUUAGGCGUAUGUGACCUAAAGCUGUACAAUGGUUUGUUGUAUUAGAUGCCACUUUUCAAUGCAGAACAAGGCCUUCCCUGCUAAGCAUCCAGGGGGAUUAUAUAUAUGUAAUCUAGAGUUCUUCCUUCAGAUUCUUCUACAGUGAAUCAGUACUGUUACUUUAAACAAUAUGUAAAUGUAUCGUGGUCAGUCACUGUCGAUAGUGCUAUAAAGGGUUAUGUCUUGGUUGUACUCCUUUAGCAAGUGUCGUCUGACCCCAUUCACCUGCUGUACUAAAAAUAAGCUGCUACAAUCUACAUCAGUGUUUCCCAACCAGGGAGCCUCCAGCUGUUGCAAAACUACAACUCCCAGCAUGCCCGGACAGCCGAAGGCUGUCCGGGCAUGCUGGGAGUUGUAGUUUUGCAACAGCUGGAGGCACCCUGGUUGGGAAACACUGAUCUACAUUUGACAUGUUUCUUCAUAUGAACAAGCAAUAUAGGGGUAAGUAAGCCCACGCACAGUAAUUGGGCUCUUGCAUCCAAUAGAGAAUGUGGUUCAGGGUGGCAACUAUCCAGCAUUAGGGUACGUUCAGACGAGCGUAUUUUCCGCGUGUAUUAUGCUGCAGAUCCGCCGCUGAAGGACUUCUAUAUGCUGCCUUUACGUGUGCCUAUUCAGAGCGGCAACACGCCGCUACGAGCAGACACACUGAGCAGGGGUAGCGGCCGUGCUGUGUGCGAGUACACCGCGCAUGCCCGGCGACUCGCACAUCGCUUCAGUGUGUCUGCACGUAGCGCCAUAUUGCCGCUCCGAGCAGGCACAUGUAAAGGCAACAUACAGAGGUCCUUCAGCGGCAGAUUUGCAGCGUAAAAUAUGCGCUUGUCUGUGUGUUUUUUCUUUUUUUUUAUUGUAUCGUCAUUGCCAUCUUUUAUAAAUGACCAGUCCAUUGUACACUCCACUUCCCAACUUCAGACGGGGGUUGUUUGCUGCUUGUCCAUGGUUGUGGCUGAACUUCAAAUCUAGUCCGAACCUGGACCCAGCAUAGAAGGUUCUGGCGAGAUAAUAGGACCCUCAAUAUGAGUAGAAUCUUCAAUAAAGCACUUACUCCCCAAAGUUGGACUCUUUUCACACCGCGCACACAGCCUGUAUGACAUAUGGCAGAGGUAUACACAUUGGGGGCUAUGGAAUGGUGCAGUGGUCUCCUCUUGUUCAUUCAGGGAAUACAUUUAAAUUGUGAUGAAAUUACACUUUCGGUUUCCAUUGGGUGUUGGGGAUGUUGGGUCUAUGAAUAAACUUGUUAUGUGUUGCGAUAUGAUGAUGGAACUUUUUAGAAGUAGCAAUCUUGUGGUCAUUUCACACUACGGAAAUUCUUUGCAGAUUUCCUCUCUCAUUGAUCUCUAUAGUAAUUCUGCUGCUUAGCUCACACGUCAGAGGUUUUGCAGCUGAGAUUUCGACUAGAAAUUGGAUUUUGGCGGAAGAUUGUUCGGUGAAGUCCGUUAGAGAAGUGCCGUUAUUUAACGUACAACAUACAUAUAUUGUAUAAUAUAUACAAGCUACCGGGGCAUAAUGAGUUGGAGUUUUAUAACAUCUGGAAAGUCACAGAUUGGGGAAUACUGAUAUACAGGCUAUCUAAGAAUGAUGGGAGUUGUAGUCUUGGUGCAGUUUGAGAAAUACAAAUACAAGAAACGGUUAUAUAGGCCCUCAGGGCAUUUUGGAGAGUUGUAGUUGUCAUAGAUUUGGGGAACACUGAGAUAUAUUUAUAUUAUACCGCCCGUCUUCAGGCACGGAGGGAAGAUCGCUCCAUGCAGCAGAUGACCUGGGGGGGGGGGCUGCAGGAGAGAUCGCGGGGGUCCCCAGUGGCGGGACCCCCGCGAUCAGACAUCUUAUCCCCUAAUCUUUGGAUAGGGGAUAAGAUUUCUAGGGGUGGAGUACCCCUUUAACAACAGUAUUUCCACUCUACGUAGUUACACUCCAUAUACAUUUUACUAAAACUGUCUAAUUGAGUUGUUUCCAACCAAUGUGCUUACAGCUGUUGCAAAACCUAUGGCCUAUGGCUGUCCGGGCAUGCUGGGAGUUGUAGUUUUGCAGCAGCUGGGGGCACCCUGGUUGGGAAACACUGCAUUAGGUGGAUGUUCUGUCAGUGCUGAGAGUUGAACACCUCCCCCCCCCCCCCCCUCUCUCUCCUUAUUCUAGCCCUGCUUGAUUGACAGUAAGCUGGAAGCCAAGCACUGUUUCCAAAUCUCGUUCCUGUGCUGUGCAUGCAGGAGGCACAUGGUGUCUUUCAUAUAACCGCUAUAGAACAAUGUCUGCAAUCUGGAACAUGAAUUGCAGCAGUCAGAUUUCCUUUAAAAGUUGGCUAAUGCAUUUAUCAAUGGCUUUUGCAGGGGGAUCCUUUUCCUACAGUAAACCGAAAUAAUGUGGGCGUCCUGUAUUUUUUAGUCAGGUCCAAUCCAUUGCCUUUGAGUUUAAACCAGUGUUUCCCAACCAGGGUGCUUCCAGCAGUUGAAAAAUUAAACUCCCUGCUGUCCGGCCAUGCUGGGAGUUGUAGUUUGGCAACAGCUUGGGCACCCUGGUUGGCAAACACUGUCUUAAAGGGGUACUCCGGUGGAAAACAUCUUUUUUAAAUCAACUGGUGCCGGAAAGUUAAACAGAUUUGUAAGGUACUUCUAUUAAAAAAUCUUAAUCCUUCCAGUACUUAUGAGCUGCUGUAUACUACAGAGGAAAUUCUUUUCUUUUUGGAUUUUUCUGUCAUGACCACAUUGCUCUCUGCCGACACCUCUGUCCAUGUCAGGAACUGUCCAGAGCAGGAGAAAAUCCCCAUAGCAAACCUAUGCAGCUCUGGACAGUUCCUGACAUGGACAAGAGGUGUCAGCAGAGAGCAACGUGCUAUAUGAAUGGCAACUACAGCCACCACGCCCCCUCCAUUCUUGUCUAUGGGAGGAGGUGUGAUGGCUUCGUACCAGUCACACCCCAUCCCAUAGACCUGACUGGAGGGGGCGUGGCUCGACAUCACGAACACGGACGCUCCAAGCUUCCGUGUUCUGGAUGCCAUCGCUGCCGGACUGGAGAUCGCAGGGUUCCCCAGUGGCGGGACCCCGUAAUCAGACAUCUUAUCCCCUAUCCUUUGGAUAGCGGAUAAGAUAUUGUUCGCCGGAGUACCCCUUUAAGCGGAGAGAAAAAAAAUGUCUCUCUCCUCCCCUCUGCUCAAUAGGACGCCCGACGGACCGUAUUCAAGUAAAUGGGGGCCAGCGUCAUGCAAAGGGUCCAUUCAGCUUUGCUUGACACUGAAAAGUACUGUGCAGAACGGCAGUGUGAGCGAGCCCUGUGGCUGUCCCUGAGAAUGCAUGCACGGUCUUGUAGUUCACCACAUGAGGCCGAUACAUACCCCCUGCUUACAUUUUAUAUACCUGUUAUUUUGCUGCUUUCAUAUUGCAGGAUUGUAUAAGCAAAUUCUGUAAGUAGAACAUUACAAAACUCUCCAAGAUCUAAACUCGUCAUUUUCACUAUAAAAAUAAAAUUACAUUGAUAUCCAUUUUCUGUUUCUCUAUCCCUACAGGUGCCAUACUUUUUAUUGGGGUCCUAACCCCCCAGCAUUCAGGAUAUCUUGCUUAUACAGUACAUGGGUUUUAGAUCUCUUCUCCAUUGGUUGAAUAGCACUUAUUUCAUAUUUUAUAUCAAAGCUGUUACAGUAUUUAACCUACUAUGUUGCUUUUACUAUGACACUGUAUGUACUCCCGUGUGUUUAGUGUAUAUGCUGAGAGAAUAAUAAAUACUGUUUAGUAUAUAAUUGCUUGUAUUAAAUACUUGCUGAAA